UUCAUCGUGGGAGUUCAGUUCAUUGUUUGGAGGACAGGAAUUUUUUUCGACAAAUAUUUUGAGGAAACCAAACAUGAAAAACUUUUAGAAAGAUUGCCGGACGUGUAAUCUGAAACGGCAAGCAGGAAAGGACAGGCAGUAAGAAAUUCCAUCAGCAUUGCUGGCCUACAAAAUUCAGUAAUCUGACGGAUUGUGGUACUCAAUUCCCCAUUUCCCCUGCUGCACGCACGUAGUACUGCUAAGCGAUGAUCUAUUGUGUUGCACGAGUACAACUUUGACUCAAAAGUCAAAACUCAUCAAAGGGCAAGAGCACGAUUUGUUCAUAAGCUGCCACGCCAGCGGCAAGGGAAAUUACGGGAGCACGAGUGGCUGUCAUCGCGCAAAUGGCCUGAACCGAGCUAGCCAAAGCCACAGCCGCAAGCCCCUUUCCUCGCCCCGCGGCAGCCAGCAAAGAGCCCCCCAGUUCCCCCGCCGCUACCAAAAUGCCCUCCGCCUCGCUCCUCCCGGCCACCUCCGCCGGGGCGCAACUCUGCCCUUCCCCUGCGCCACCCCGCCGCCGCCAACGCCGAUGCAGCUGCCGCGUCACGGCCAGCGCCGCCACCCCGCCGCCGUCGGACGGCCUCUGCCUCGGCCGCCGCGCCAUCUCCCUUGCCGGGGUCGCCGCCUGGCUCGCCACUGCUUCCGGCCGGGCAGAAGCCAGUCCGUUCGACAGCUACAUCAAGAGGAAGAAGCUGGAGCCACUGGAGACGUACGUCCCGGCCGUGCUGUUGACUCAAGACCAGUUCAGGGAUCUAGAGAAAUCCUUGGAAUUUGAGAAACCAAGGUAUGAUGAGAGCAGAUCGUUACUUCGUUCUGGUCCAGCAUCAUCUCUACGUGUCAAUAUUCGAGCAGUGGCACAAUAUGCUUCCACUAAUGGUCAAGGCAAAGCUGCCUCUGAUGCCGUGGAUGAAUGCUUAAGAGCAUUGGAAGAUCUCGACGCGCUACUACUAAAGGCAUCACGGAAAGACUCAUCAGCAUCUGUUGAAGUCAUGAGGAGCAAAAUCAUUGUAGCCCUUGGAGCAUUAGACAAUCUCCUGCAAACCGUGCCAUCAGCCGUUAUGGAUAAAGGAAAGGCGAUUGCUGAUGCAUACCGGACCCCUUCAGAUGGAUAUGAAGAGGGUAAUGGUGCGGAGUUGGAUCCCGGUCUGAAACAGCUCCAGGACAUUCUUUAAUGCUGAGUCUUGUUGAGGUUAACAUCUUUUGCACUGAUAAAUUCCAUCAAUAUGAUUAUGUUGAGAAGUAGGGGAAAGUAAAAGGUUCAUAGCAGAACACUUACCUGUGGCACUACUUCCUUAUAGUUUAUAUUUUUCACUAUAGUAACUCUGGUGAUUAAUUAAUAGAAGUGCUACUGUACAUAAAAGACCAUCGUUUCAAAUGUUUGAUACCAGAGACUAUCUGUACUCUGUACAGCAAAGAAGCUUGAGUAUAA